UCCAAGAUCACGUCACCUCUCCCUGGAUGCUGAAAGUGGACUCUCAGGACCUUUUUACUCUGUGAGGUUGGCAGGGUGUCAUCUUACUACUCACUCAGAAGGGUGGCUGGGAAGCAAAAAAAAGGCAUCCCAAACUUAAUAGCUUCAUAACAUCUCCUCAGCCCUGAAAUCUUAGACUGUGUCAAGUCAAACACACUCAGGGCAAAUCCUUACCAUGCAGUUUUUGACUGCAGUAAGUCCACAGUCAUUCGCUACUCCAAGCUGGAAGAUCGAGACCAAGUAUUCAACCAGAGUGCUCAUUGGAAACUGGGUGGAAGAGAGGAGGAAGUUCACCAAAGCCACUGAGAAAACACCCCAGUGCAUUUACAGAAAAGAGUACGUCCCCUUCCCAGGCCACAGACCGGACCAGAUCUCCAGGUGGUACGGCAAGAGGAGAGUUGAGGGGCUCCCGUACAAACACCUGAUCACCCACCACCAGGAGCCCUCACACCACCAUCUGAUCAGCACAUAUGACGACCAUUACAACCGACACGAUUAUAACCCAGCCCUGCCCCAACGCCGCACCUGGAAUGGACAUAAGAUGCUGUGGCUCCCAGAGAAAGCCGACUUCCCCCUUCUUGCUCCCGCUACGAACUACGGACUCUAUGAGCAGCUGAAGAAGAGAUGGCUCGCACCCGAGGCUGGCCCGAGGGAGAGCAUUUACACCUCGUCCUACCCCAGACCACCCUGGUGUGCUUUGUCUCGGCGGGAACACGCCAUCCCUGUCCCUCCCCCCCGCCUGCACCCUGUGCCACAUGUCUGAGAACUGCCACCCCGCUGGAAAUGCAGGCGGGACCAACUGGAGACCCACCGCACCAUUGGACCUGCUAGACAGCAGGCGGCUGCAGAUACACCCGGGGUUUUAAAUCCGGCCCGUUGGAGACACCCUUAGAAUCAAGGUCUGCGUUUCACGGUUCCCGCCCCUCCUCCAAACCCACAGGUUCCUUUCUUUUCCAUCCCACAAUUAAAGCUCUUUGACACAAUGGAGU